AAUAAACACCAUAUUGCACGUAUAACUUCACGUAAACGGUUAGUCACACGGCUGGGGUUAGAAGAUAUAUAUUCGACAAGCAAGAGCUUUCAAGUCAAGUAGAUAUAAAGUUCGCAGACAACCUAAGCUUUACACAAGCCAGAAUUAUACAUUAUAUUUCUAUCGUAAAGGACUAUGGAAUUUAAAGACUGUAGUAAACUUGUACUAUGUUUAUUGGUUUGCGGAAUGGUCCCUAGCGUUCUUGGGGCGCCAAUGGCGGACAAUGAAGAGUCAAGCCAGGACCUGAACGGAGGCGCUUUACAGGAAAUGGGGACAGACUACGACAAACCAUUACUGCAGCUGAUUGGUAAAGCAAUUGAACAGCUAGAAAGCAAAAUAAAUGAUAAAAUAUGUGAUCUUCAUCCAUGUUCCGAGUGGGAAGAAUGGACAGGAUGCUAUGCGCGUGUCAAACGCUUCGGGGCUAAAUUCCGUACCCGUGAAUGCGGUGUGAAUUACACGGUUUGCGGCUCCGAUACAAAAGCAAAGACUGAAGAAUCUAAAAUAUGCUAUGGUUAUUGUCCAGAUGACUAUAACAUUACGAAUAGCGGAUAUUGUGUGAAAUUGUACCGUGGCAUGCAGACAACUCGGGAGAGAGCGGAACGACAGUGUGAAAGUGACGGCGGCCAUCUUGUAAACAUCGAUUGCAUGAGGAAAUACGAAGAUGUCAAAGAAGUAAUCGACAAAGAAUGGUUCACGUCUCAGUUUUGGGUAGACGGACUCCGUAGUAAUGAAAGUUCAGCCUGGGAGUAUGGCUAUGGUUCCGCAGAAGGUUUUUUCAACUGGUACCCAGGGGAGCCUAGCAACGGAGAAGGCGAAUCGUGUCUGGUUGUCAAAGGUUACCAGAUGCAGUGGCAGGACGUGCACUGUUUGGAUGUAUAUAACUACAUGUGUGAAAUCAUUGAACAUUAACUUUUUCUAACAUGUUCUUUAAACGUGAGGAAACGUAACGUGUAAGACAUAAAGGGUUAAUUAUUGAUGUAUUUUCUAUCGAAUUUAACAGUUACGUGUGAUUUAUUACAAUCAAUCUGAAAAGGAAACACUAAAUAAAUAUGCUGUACAUUUUAUUGUCUGUUUACAAUUUUGAGAAUUGUAGAUUUUUUUCUCGACGCGAAAAUGCUAUUAAAAUUUCGAUUUGCCCUUAUAGACCCUAAUUAUGAAGGCUUGAUAAAGAUACGUAUUUUUCAAAUUUAUCUAGCAAAAAUGAAUUUCAUGAUCCUAGUUUCUUACAAUAUCUUGAAGUUUUGAAAAAGCGUGUGGUUUAAUGAAAUUCUACAUUGUAAAUUGUUUUUAUCUCAACAUUCAGAACUACAUUAAGAAACAGUUAAGUAAUGUUAACUCUUGUAUCAUUUUGAAUCAAAUUGCUGUAUGAGUACUGUUGUUUGAGCAUGAAAUAAUUGUCACUUGUAAAUCAUGUUGCUGCAUUAAUGUAUCUAUACAAUAUUUUCCUUUUGUCCUUUUUGUUAGGAUCUUUUCUCAUUCAUAUUUAUUGUGUAUUAGACAGUUCUAUCAUAAACAAACAACUUCAGAAUAUUGUCUUUAAAUACAAUUCGAAUAUGUUUGUAUCUGUAAAAACAUGCUUACGCUAAAAUGACGUCACGUUAACAGAAAAGAAAGUCAAGAAAGAGCGCUAGUAUAUUUUAUCCUCUGUUUUAGAUGAAGGGCAAAUUAAAACCGAAAUAAAGUGCAGCAAAAAUCGUGCUUUACUUAGAUUAAUACACUCAAAAUCGGCUGUACGUCGCUAGAAUGAUUCACUCCGGCUAUGCUCUCGUGAAAUUAUUCCAUGAACGUAUAACUUUUUUCUCGUAUAUUAAUAACGUUAAAACUCGAUUUUUCUAUACAUUAUUUCUUAUUUUAAAUUAUAUAUAUAUAUUUGUCACAGAUGAAACAAAAUUACGCUUUAAUGAAUACAAACUAAUCAAGUAAUACAUUGGUUCCAACUUACCCUUUCAAUGUUUAGUUAUGAAACAGUAUUGUAUACUAAGUAGUUUAUAUAAUCAGCUUUAUUUAUAAAAAAAAAAUGUCGCCAGUAAUUUCUCGUCCUUAUGGAGCUUUGUGUACAUCAAUUGUAAUUGUAUAUUUUUAUUUUUGUUGGGUUUAACGUCACAACGACACAAUUACAGGUCAUAUGGCGAUUUUCCACUUUUUGCUUGUGGGUGGAGAAAUAUCCAAGGUGCCCCUUCAGGCAUUUUUUUCGGCAUGAACGGUUACCUGGGUAAACCAAAUAGCCUUCCGUAAGCCAGCUGUAUGGCUUGCCUACAAGAAAGAAUUCUAUACCCGGACCUUCACCAGUCUGUCAUUGAGGCUCCUAGGUUGUGAAAAUAGAGGUUCACAUAAGUCGUUGGCAGGGUAUGAGGCGUCAUGGGCGUCGCGCAAUAUAUUUUACGAACAAAGUUCAAAAGGACCUUUUUAUAAAUCUAACUGUACAUAUUCCAUAUGUUUCUGGGAAUGAGAAAAAUGUUAAAACUUUUUAAAGGACCUGUUUAACAAAUCUGUACAUGCAGAAACAUUAAUCUGUUAAGUGAAUUUUAUACUGCUUUUUAUGUCCGACCCACUUUGCUAAUCUGUUCUGACAGUAAAUGUGAAUUUCUAAAUUGAUCGAAUUUCGUACAUUCAACAGGUGUUAGUUACAGGAUGAGGUUGUUGUUGUAAGCUUAUUUACUGUCACUACCAGUAACCAAUAUGGGCGACUCCUUUAGACGACUGUUUAUAAUGUUAGUGGGAGAAUAGAGCAAGAUAUAGCAGACACUAAAAAUUCCAGAAGCUUCAUUGGUAAAGCACACAUAUACUGGACUCUUAUCCCAGUAUUAGUACAUUUGUACUUUAGUUGUAGAAGCGGGUACUCGAACUCACGAACCCUGGUUUCGUAGUCAGUGUUACCACCGGACCAUUGUCCGCUCUUUAUAGGAUAUAGUACAGGGGCCGGAAAAGUCAACCAUGCACCCCCACUAGACAUUUUUUCCUAGGUACCUAAUUGUUUAGCGGGACAAACUCUUUCAAAAUAAAAAAAAAAUCCCAUGAAAAAGCUCUUUUGAGCUAUAUAUGAUUUCACUGUUUCCGUGGCAACCGUUCAUUUUUGGCAAGGACAACCAUAUCUCGGUCAGUUUUUGUGAUAAAGCAAUAAAAAUCAACAAGGCGCUGAGACUUUGGGUUUUUAUUAGCAGUAUUUUAAUUUAAUUAACUAAUUCACAUAUUCAUGAAUGUUCAUGAGAAUGUCACAAAAUGACAAAAUUUUGGUUAAAACAACCCAUACAUUUUUCUAAGUUUUAAAAUCAAUUUGAAUGUACCAAACAGUUUUGGGUUUCUCAGUGUUUUCUAAAAUAGUAUUUGGUUACACUUUUGGUAUUUAUUUACUCCAAACUAAAUAUGUUUAGCUAAGUUGCAUAAAAUGAACUAAUCACAUUUGUACAGAAAAAAACUCUGAAUACAGACCAUCUAUUUCUGCAGCGUAAACGAUUAAGGCCGACAUUGAACAGAGACCGUUGCCACCCUAAAACCAAUAGUUUCAUUUCAAAACAAGCAAAAAAAAAAUCCAUCUCAAGACAAAGGAAAAUAUAUGUAGAUCUUUGCAAACUCACAACUGAUAUACUUUAACUAAUGCGCAUUAUCACUGAUGGUUUUGGAUUAGUAAACUAUUUUUCAGCGAUUUUGAUCUCGACAAAUUUAGGUUAAGAAAAAAAUGAAAAAAAAUUGUUAUUUUCCGUGAAUUAAUAAAGUAAUAAAAAAGU